UUGACGGGAGUCCGCAGUAGCCCAUGGUAAAAUGAAGUUAUUUUUCAUUCCCCUCGUGAUUCUCUUCGCCGGUCAUUAUGUGGCUGAGGUGUCAAUGCAAAUUAUUCUCGAAGUUCCAGGCUAUGGCGUUCUGAACGGGACCAACGAAACAUCGUCUUUCACCGAGCGCACAUUUUACGCAUUCCGAAGCGUUCAAUAUGCAGAAAAGCCUACACCUGAGACUCGAUUUUUGCCACCGAUCCCGAAAGCUCCUUAUUCAAUGGAUGAGAUCCAGCAAACGACAAACAAUAACGCCGGAUGCCCUCAGCCCGGUGUUGACAACGAAGAUUGCCUCACCCUGAAUGUGUUUACACCACAAUUGCCAUCUGAAUCCAAUACGCUGCUGCCAGUUAUGUUCUGGAUCCAUGGAGGAGCUUUUUCUCUCGGACAAGCGCUUGAAUAUGUACCUAGCAGGUAUAUGGAACACGACAUCGUUCUAGUUGCAACUCAGUAUCGUCUUGGCCCACUUGGUUUCCUAUCGUUCGACACGGAUGAUGUUCCCGGUAACGCCGGUAUUUUCGACCAAAUCGAAGCUUUACGUUGGGUCAAUAAACACAUCCAGUCCUUUGGAGGAGAUCCCAAUCAAAUCACCAUCGCAGGAGAAAGUGCUGGAAGCGCUAGCGUUACGCUUCUCCUUUUGGCACCACAAACAAGAGGACUAUUCCAACGUGCUAUCGGUGAGAGUGGAUCUGUCCUUGCUGAAUGGGCUCUUGAUCGGGACGGAAGAGGUAAAGUGGCUUCCGUGGCGAUCGCCGAAUUGGCCGGCUGCCCAGUCGAACCUUACGAAGAAUUGCUGUCUUGCGUUCAAACUGUUGACGCUGGAUUACUGUCAGAAGCCUACAAAAACAACUUUUUAAAUUUUUUUAAAUUUUUUUUUUUAAAAAAAAAAAUAAAAAAUUAAAAAUAAAAAAAAAAAUUAUUUCCUUAAAUGUUUUACGUUUAAGGUUUUUUCUUUAUAUAGAGAAAAGAAUUAACGGUUCAAUAUCCAGACAUACAGGUUCAUGGAGCUCAACGGAUUAUCGAGUCGGACCCUCGCGAGCUCUUUAGUUCCGGAAACUUUGCAACCGUCCCAACUAUGUUCGGUGCGAACAAGCAGGAAGGCACCCUUGUGGCAGGAGUUUUUUAAAAAAAAAAUUUAACCCCAAAAAAAAUAAAAAAAAAAAAAAAAUUUUUGGAAAAAUGUUUUUUUUUGGAAAUGAGUUAUGUUCCUACGUUGUUGAAGAUCCUGCAUAUUGACGAUCCUACUGGAGAACUAGCAACUCAGCUGACUGAAAAAUAUCUGGGAACUGCCGAAAUGGGCAAUCUUACGUCAAUGACGCCUGGAUUAGUUGAUAUGCUGAGUGUGUUGUUCCUAAAAGCACCGACGUACGAGACGGCACAAAUUGUUUCUCAGCACAAUCCCAAUGCAUUUUUCUACUCCUUCGAGUACGAAGGAAGAAAUUCAAUUUUUGAAUACGCAUUUGCCCCGAAUCCGGUACCAAUUCCUCACGGAGUAAGUCACGCAGAUGAAAUGAUCUAUUUGUUCGUUUUCCCGUUCCCGUCACUUCCACCUGGUCUGAAUGCCAGUGAAACUGAGCUAUCCAUGAAAAUGCUUCAGGUUUGGACCAACUUUGUCACUUACAGCGAUCCAACUCCUGACGGUGUAGCUCUUCUUGACGGUAUUCCUAAAUUUUUGCCCUACAACCCUGUCGACGAAUCUUACAUGGCUAUCGAUGAUUUCUGGAGGACGGAAGCAGAUUACACGUUGACGUACACCGUGACGGUGGAUGAGCUCAACCCUCCCGUUCAAACACGAAAAUCUUACGAAGGACAGUACGGUCGUGUUUUGCCCACCAAGAAUAAUUAUCUUGGUUAUUGAAUUACAAGUUCAGUCCAAUCAGUCGAAUAAAUAAUUAUAACUAUAAGUGUAAAGUUCAAACGAAAAUAUGCGUUCCCUGCACACUGAUUUUGUUUUAUAAAUGUUUAUAUUGCUGGAAUAUCUUAUGUGUCUGAUUUGGAUCAUUUGUAUUGGCUAGUUAAAAAACAUGCAAGUUUUAUUAAGGUGAAA